AAGUUACGAUGGGGCACGUAUCUCAUUCUGCAGCGUAACACGAUAUUAUUGCGUGCUGGAAUCGUACGACGCAUUUGUUACUACGGUACGCGCUAAAUAAUGGUUAUAUUUUUGUAGUUGUACGAAAGCUACGCAGCGCAUUUAAUGACCCAAAACCGGAAAAACUAUGGAAGAUUAUGUAGAUGACGGGAUGUGAUGGUUCAGUACGAAGUUAGCGACGGCGAGGGUCAGUCGCGAGUCGUAACCAGCAAACUUCUGAUCUUACCUUCCCCGGUGGAUAGAAGAGCAACAACCAAUCACAGUAGAGUAUGCCUGGUUUCUUGCCUUCGGCAUAUUUAUCCUCUAUUUAAACGUGAUAGUCAUGUAGUCAUCGGACAUACAAGCAACAACAGUCCCCAGUUUUGUAGUUUCCGAUCAUCUAGAUUACUUACAAAGUAUAGGUCCAAAUUGCUUCGGGAGGGCCACCGCCAAACAUGCGGUCGUCGCUGAAACUAUGGACACUUGUAAUUAUCUCGUGGAUGUCAACAUUAGUUUUAUCAGCCCCGUUCACGAAUGAAUUUCGUCCCCCUCAAGAUAAAGGGUGUUAUUAUUUAAACGAGCGAUUCGAGCAUGGUGAGAUCAUCGAUACCAAACAAACAUGUUUGAAUUGCACUUGCAAAGACACCAUGCUAAUGUGCUAUUUAAGGAUAUGCCCUUUCGUAAAGCCCUUGAACGAAGAUUGUAUCAUAGAAAAAACCGAAGAAGAAUGUUGUCCUAAAAUUUGGUGCCCCGAAGUGUUCCCGCCGGUUACGACAGAAUCACCUCCUGAAGAUAAAGGAUGUUAUCUGGAUGGAAAAUUUUAUCGGGAUGGUGAUCAAUUGCCGUCUGAUCCGAGAAAGCCGUGUGAAAUCUGCUACUGCAUUCGAAACAGCACAUCUUGUACUUUACAACAAUGCGAACUAAGCGUUACAGGAUGCGCUCCAAUCUUUAUUGGAGGGAGUUGUUGCCCUUCCAAAUAUAAUUGCACUCACGAAGCUGCAACGACUCUACCUCCAGGAAUGACAUCAACAUUAAGUGAAGGCUGCGAUGUGGAUGGUAUAUUUUAUCACGAUGGUGAGAGCGUACCUAACGAAGAUCCUUGCAAUAAAUGUUAUUGCAUGAGAGACGAAGUAGUAUGUGCCAUACAAAACUGUCAGCCUCCUAAAGAAAACUGCGUUGCAGUCACUUCAGAAAAGGAUAAAUGUUGCCCAAUUAAAUAUGAAUGUCCUGAAGACGAAACUUCAACUACCCGAGCACCCAAGAAAGAAGAUUCUACGGACAUUUUUGUACCUACAACUGAAUCUACAGGCACAAAAGGCCCAUUUUUACCUGGAAAAAUACCAGGAGAAGGAGCUUGCAGGUUCGAUGAAAAAUAUUAUGGAAAUGGAGAAUACGUUCCUUCGAAGGAUCCAUGCUCCAUCAAUUGCAUAUGUAGGAAUAGUGUGGUUCAAUGUAAGGAAGUUAUCUGUAAUUCGAGUGUAAAAGAAAAGAAUAGUGGCUGCAAAGAAGUAUACAGUACAGGAAAAUGCUGUCCAGAAUACAUAUGUGAAGAAACAACGACUGCAACUGCAGCUACCAUAACGACACCCGAAACAACUACCGAAGAAGAGGAGGAAGACGGUUGUAGAAUCAACGGUGAAUUAUACGACGAUGGCGAUACGGUCGACACUGGAGAUCCUUGCGAAUAUUGCUAUUGCGUAGGGAACGAACUGGUUUGCAAAUUAGAAAAUUGUAAGUCUCCCGGAUCAAAUUGCAUCCCCGAUGAACCUCCCGAAGGAGAAUGCUGCCCAGAAACUUAUAAGUGUCCAAGUGAAAACGCUACGACUCCAUUCACUACUGUUACUGUUACUAUUGAAAAAGACUUAACAGAGAAGACCGAAACAGAAGUAACAACCAAAUCCAUUAUUACAGAAAUAAAGCAUAAAACUGAAGAAAUUACAGAAAAAACUAGCGAACUGAGGACCGAAGUCACAGACUUACAUAUGACGACUAAAGAACCGUUAGAAAAAGAAACAACAACGAUUGAAAGCGGCACUAUCCACACACAGUCAACUUCAGAGACAAGGGAAGAGUCCUCUGAAGAGACAGAAAAAACUAGUGAAACUUCCACAUCUACUUCUACCAUAACUACGGGUCAGCAAACUCCAGAAGACACUCAACAAGCUUCACAUAUUACAAAGCCACAAACUACGAAUAUCGUUGAAACAGCUGAGCCAACUACUAAAAAACAGCCUAUAGCAACAGAAGAAACAACAACAGAAAUUAUACAAAAAACAAUAAGUACCAUAAAAUCAACAGAGGAUACAAAAAUAUCAACAAAAGAUGAGACAGAUGUAACGAAAACAGAUAUAGAAUCAAAAAAAGAUGAAACCACUGACACUUUUAUAAGAAUACAAGCAGGAGAAGGAACAACGCCAGAACCAAGUAAAAUCGCCAGCAUAACAUCACAAACAGAAAAAACAAUAGAUUCCAGCAAACCAGUAGAUAUUACUGAUGAUCAAACAGAGUCUCCUACCGAGACUACUACAUUACAAACAGAUAGCAUACAAACAACACAAUCAACGGAUCAAACAAUAGCGACAUUCAUCAAAGAAACAACAGCAAUAGAUUCAACAACGGAAACCACGGAAAAGGAAGAAACUACAGAAAAAUCAACAAUUUCCAGUAAAUCAAUGGAUGUCACACAAAGUAAAACGAAACAAGAGACGAGCAUCACAUCAGCAGAAAGUGAAACAAUGACCAAGCCAUCCGAAGUUCCCACAACAGAAUCUAAAGAGGAAACAACAAUCACUCCACUUGAGGGCACCACAAAUGAAAUAGAACCGACAGUAAAAGNGAAAGAACAAACAGGAAAAACAACAGAUGUAACUGAAGGUGAAACAGAAGCAGAAAGUGACAAAACUGAAUCACCGGGAGCACUCACAACAAAAUUAGAACAAUCAUCAGUGGCUCCAACUGAGGGUACUACUAAAGAACUGACAGGAAGGUCAACGGAAAGUACUGAAGGUAAAACGGAAACAGAAAGUGAAAAAACUGAACAAUCGGGAGUACCCACAUCAAAAUCGAAAGAGGAAACGACCAUGGCAGCAAGUGAAUUGACAGAAAGUAGUGAGAUGGUAUCUACUGAUGCAACAAUGAGAACAACCAGUAUAUCUGGUAUCACUAAAGAAACAAGUCCGAAAAUGACAAUUCCAAGCGAUUUAAUAAGAGAUAAGAAGACAGACUUGAUAGAAACAACUGCAAAGAUGGAUGCCACAAUUUUGCCUACUAAUGAAUCUUUUACAACUGAUAUUCCUUCUCUAUCUGGAAGAAAAGCUGAUAAACCAGAUUCUUUUAUAGUUCAAACAACUACGAUUGCUCCAAAGGAAACAAAAUUCGAAGAGUUAACAUCUAUUGGUACAACGAAAGAAGAAGAAACAACUCCAAAAUCCGAAGAAACUACGGUAGCAGAAGAAACCACUAAAUCAUCUGAACCUACGAAGGAAGAAGAAACAAUUGCAAAAUCCGAAGAAACUACGAUAGCAGAGGAAACCACUAAAUCAUCUGAACCUACGAAAAAAGAAGAAAUUACGAUAGCAGAGGAAACCACUAAAUCAUCUGAACCUACGAAGGUAGAAGAAACAACUCCAAAAUCCGAAGAAACUACGAUAGCAGAAGAAACCACUAAAUCAUCUGAACCUACGAAGGAAGAAGAAACUACGAUAGCAGAGGAAACCACUAAAUUAUCUGAACCUACGAAAGAAGAAAAAACUACGAUAGCAGAGGAAACCACUAAAUCAUCUGAACCUACCAAGGAAGAAGAAACUACUAAAGCAACUGAAAUUACGAAAGAACAAAAAGAAACUACCCGAAAACCAGAGGAAACUACCCUAGAAGAGGAAACCACAAAAUCCUCGGAAAGUACUGCAGAAGAAAGAAGAAAAUUAACAGAAAGUUCAACAGUUUCUGAAACAAUUGCAAAAUCUGCAGAAACUACAGAAUAUAUUACAGAAAUGGAAGGAAUCACAUCUACAGCAGUUAAAACUACAAUAGAAAAGAAAACUUCUGAAUCUGCGACAUCAUCAGAGUGGAUAUCGGAAUCAGGAGUAAGUACAGAAUCUACUUCAACAUUACAAACUCUUUCGUCCUUAAAAGAUUUAUUUACGUCUACUAAACGUGAGAAAGAAACAACAGAAGAAGAAACGACAGUUCCGUCCUUAUCUACUUCUGAUCAUACUUUAGUAGGAAUGUUUUCAUCAACACUUACAGAUUCAUCUGAUCGAUUUUCCACAGAUAUAACAAGCAAACUAACUAGUUUCGAUUUCUCGACAUUGCCCAGAGAUGCACGAGUUGAGAAAAGCACAGAGACAACAUUUAUAUCUACUGCUCGAGAUGAAAUAACUACACCUCUCACCAAUGCCUCCGAAACAGAAUUACUAGGAACAUUAUUUAAAGAUUCAACAUCUGUUCCUAUUCAACCAGAAACAGCGUCUGAAGAAGAAACUACUUUAGUAUCAAAGAAAGAAACAGAAUUUACUGGAACAGAAUCGCCCGCAAAAUCUACAUCGUUAGAAACAGAAAGUACUUCUGCUAUUAAACCAGAAACAACUUUAAAAGAAGAGAUUUUAGAAUCAGUUUCAACCGAAACGGAAGCAGAUUCCACUGAAAAAACAACAGCGGCAACAAGAGAUGAUAUUCGUCUUUCAUCAACUACGGGUACAAUAGGAAUUUCUACUUUGUUUUCAACUUUUAUGCCAACAACUAGAGGCAAAGAAAGUCCGUCGAGCCCUCAUAUGCUGUCUGAUAGCACGAUGGGUGCUAAAGUUGAAAACGAAUCUACCUCAUUCCCAGACGAUACAAAGCGUUCGACUUCAUCUCCUGAACUCACUGUUAGUUUAAUGGAUACUACCGAAACAAAGAAAGAACCAUCGACACCUUUCGAUUUAGACAGUAGUUCUUCAGGAUGUAUUCAUAAUAAUCGAAUGUUCCAGUCAGCGGAACAGAUCCCUCGUUCGGAUCCCUGCGAAUUUUGUUUCUGUUUCCGCGGUGAUAUUCUCUGUCUUCAUCAAUCUUGCCCACCACCUGUACCAGACUGUUUCAAAGCAGAGAUUCAUGGAUAUUGUUGUCCACGUUACGACUGUCCCGUUCCAGUCGGUAUCAAAAAUUAUACUGCCGGUCCCGUAGUAUCAGAAAGAUGGAAACGUAAUAUAAGAGCAACAGUCGAGAUUAAAGGUUGUAUAUAUGAAAAGACUUUCUACAGAAUAGGAGAAAAUGUCAAACGAGCGAGUGGCCCCUGCAUGGAUUGCAAGUGUGAAGAUGCCGGAAGGUUAUUGUGUCAACCUAGGGAUUGUAAAACAGAAGCUCCUCUAUUAUUGAAAAUGAAUCAUUCGUACUUUAAGAAAUGAAAGAAAAGAAAAACUGACUGAAAGCGGACUCAUUUGUUGAAGUUAAAAACGGACAGGACGAUGUUGGCAUUUGUUGUGUAUUUUUUCCCUCACUAGUAUUAUCAUUGUUACCUAAGAUACAUCGCUCUGUCCUGUUUUAACGUGUUUCUUUUAUAUUUAUGGUGGCAUUUCUAUUGUGCCAUAUUCAUAUUGUGAUGCCAAGGAUAGUUGGGGAUUCUCUACUCACCCCUCUAAAGUGAGUUUGUUGGUUAUCAUGUGGUUUGCACACACAUUAACAUAAUAAACAUGUUCCUUUUUUA